CCCCUCAUCCCUCGUCUGGCCACCGUCCAAUAGCGACGAGCCAGUAGAGGGCACAUUUUGAGUUAGGUGCCUAGCAAUUUCAUGCCUCCAAAGACAAGCAAGACGAGAAACGCAAGCAACCGAGACACAACCCACGACAAGGGCCUGGCGCCGCCAGGAAAGCGACUUCCCCGACAGCGAUCGAACGGGCAGCUGAACGGACAGGCAAAUGGCAAGUCCACGUCCACAGCUCCGCCUCCCGCGCUUCCCACGACGGGCCUAAACCAGGGCUUCAAGUUCCCACGACGUACAGACACUCCGUCAGCAGCGCACUGUGUCUCUGCCCGUCCUGCCAAGGAACAUGCGGUCGCUGCAGAGAACACGGAAAGAGAUAGGACUCCUUCGGACGCAUCGCUGGAGGAAGUGGGACCAAGCGGUGAGAUGGUGGACAACAUGCCCGAGGCAGUGACUCCGCUGCUUGAGGUAGCGCAGUCGGCAGCAGAGAGGACAAUGAACACAGCUGCGCCGUACUCUGUCUCGACGAUAUUGUACUACUAUCCUCUCCGCGAUGCCAUCUCUAUCCUCAUCCUCCUGCUCUCUCUCCCGCCUACACUGGUCCUGGUCAUACAAGCCUUAUUCGCCUCGCUCACGUUCGUCCCUCCAACCGCUGGUCUAUCAUUGUCGACCAUGCCGAAUGUCAAGGAGAUGUUCAACUCUCCCAACUUUGGUUAUCCGGCAAUGGCGACCAUCUUGUUCGUGGACUGCAUCUUUGGUAUGUUCUGGCUGGCGGUCUGGAAACCUUUGCAAGCCAUCUUUCUGGAUCUCUCUCAGGCGGUCAUUGCAGUCUCUCUGAGCGGCGCAGCAGCAAGUACGGGUGGCCCGACGUACAGUAUCGCGGCUUCAGGGUUCUUGGUCUUCGUCGUUCACUUGCUCCGAUACAACGCGAUACAUCUUACUGCGCUUGACUAUCUCCGUUCUGUGUACCACAGUAGAAUGGGGUCUAGUCAUGAAGCGGUUGAUUCUUUUGCACAGCAUUCUCAUUCUUUAGCGCCACUGGAUCGCGGGAUGGUGUUCAACGCCAUCCGCGCGAUGCUUGGUAUACACAUAGUUUCGCAGGGUGUAACAACCUGCAUUCGCCGUAAUCUUGCCAACGCCAAAGCAAGCGAGAAGGACUCUCUCAUACCUCUUAUAACGAGAACCGACACCGAAGCAAUCGCUGGUGCAGAACCUACGACACGUUCCAAUGCCGGGGUAGCGGAAACACCACAGCCGUUGCAUGCUGGUUCUGCCAGUGACGGCCGUCCUCCCGGUCAGCCUCCUGCACUCCGCGAAAGCAAAGUGCGCGAGUCCAGCAGCAGGAAGAAGCGGAAGCAGGCUAAUCAGAUACGGAGCCAGCAACCACUUUGGGCUGCCAUUGCAAGUACAAAAGUCACAUUCGUUAAAGAAAUGGAGCAGCGAGAUGCGGCAGAUGAUGCCCGCGAAGCCUCUAUUAUGACAAGCAACACAAGCAACACUAUUAUCAACGCCAUCAAUUCUACUAACGACCGGAUCUGGAUUUGCGAAGUCCGGGACACUGAAGUAACGUUCUCCGUGGAUCUUACUGCAGAUUCUGCUGCAGAGAAUGUGGAUGCCAAGAAGGAAACUCAUACAGGACUCAUAGGCAUUGACAGGGCGAAACCAUUCUACAUCUGCAUCAACGGUGCUGCUUGGGCUUCGACCAGGAUCAACUCGAGCGAGGAACCGGAGGAUGCCACUGGUCGCAGUUUUUCCGGGGAGAUCUUCGGUCUCUUACCUCUCACCAGCUAUCGUUGUGACGUGGUCAGUAUUGCCAAGCAACGUACGCUCUGCUCUACAAGCUUGAUCACACAGCCCGCGCCAACAGCUGAACAAGCUGCUGCCGUUCCGACACCUUCUCAGCACCAGGCUCUGCGUCCAGCUUCUCCGAUCACCACGCUGAAACAGUCUAUCCAAUCUGCAGAAGCGAAGCUUAACGAGAUCAGGAAUAGAUCGCGGAAGGCAAAGAAGGAUCAGCGUGGAGCUCACGCCGAUAUCAAGAGAGAAAUCCACGCGCUCAAGAACAAGCUCAGCUCAUCUACAGAUGGAGAUGAAAAGCAGGAGAAGAGACUACAGCAGAUCCGUCAGCACAAGCAUCAGGCAGAGGAGGCUACCAAGGACGUUCAAGCAGAGAUAGAUACUCUGGGAGAUAUUCCGCGCCAGGAUGUCAACGAGUCCGACGCGAAGCGACAACAAUGGCAGUCCGCGGUCGACGCAAUGAAGGCCGCUCGGCAAGACCUGGAAAAUAUCAAGGCUGAGCAGGAACGUGACGCGAAUGCCAUCAAGGCUGACAUCAGCGCAUCUGAGACCCGGAAGGAAAGACUCGCUGCUCGUAUCGCGCAGCGUGCCGCCGACUUGGAAAAGCUCACCAAGCAGCAGCAAGCUGAGAUGACUGCCAGACAGAAGCGUGAAUUCGAUCGCGCAUUGCAGACUCAAACACGCGAGAACAGAGUAAACGAGUUGCGCUUCCACAUUGCCCACAUGGAAGAGCAGAUCCUUACUGAGAACAACAAGGCGCUCGAGGCAUACAACGAGUCAGCUGCCCUUUCCGGCACGCAGCUUCCGCUAGGACAACAAGGGGACUCUGCUCCUCCGACUCCGUCUGGCACCAACGGUCACUCGCCCUUCGGCCCUCAUCUCACUACAUCUCCGUUCUCUGGCAAUGCCAAUGCUUACGGUGCUCCGCGAGGCCGCAGCUCGUCCAUGCUCAGUCAGUACUCGGGGUUUACGGACGACGAGGACUUUCACUAUGCUCAGACCGGGGAAGAUCGUACUCUGCAUCCUCAACUGCAGAACUGGUCAAUGCAAGGUCAAUCGGUUCCAGGUGCCUCUCAGUACCGUAAAGCAAGUGAAGGCGACACUUCGGGCUCUUCUGGGUCGCAGUCUGGUUCCACUAGUGGUAGCACCUGUCAGAGUGGUAGUGCGGGACUGAUUGAUGGUGCGAGCGUCAUGAACGGUGUGUUAGCAAAUGGCUCGAAUAGCCCUCGUCCUGAAGCGAAGUCUUUCAUUCCUCGUGCCAGCCCAGGAGUUAUUGGUCCUCCUGUCAAGAAGACGCCGCCGCAGAGUCCAACUGAACGUCAUGCCAAUCCUGGUCCGAGUGGUAGAUAGUGUUGACAAGGCUGAAUAUAAUGUGGUUUGUGUUGUUUUUUACAUGAUUGUCA